CUGUUCAUCAAUUUGGUAUUUCGUGAAUCAAUUCGCUGGAUAUAAGAAGUAAAACUCAGAUAACCUGUGCUUAUAACAACAUUCAACAUGGCCAAAAACACUUCAAGCAAUGCGUUUCGUAAAAUCGAUGUGGACCAGUAUAACGAGGACAAUUUCCGGGAAGAUGAUGGCGUCGAUAGCGCCGCUGUUGGUCCGGACGAGAACGAAAUCACAUCCCUGUUAACUAAAGGCCAGGGUGUGGAAGCGCUGCUCAGCGCGCUCCAAAACGCGCCCCUACGUUGUAAAAACCAGCACGUCAAGGACAACGCACUGAACAUAACACUGCGCGUGCUGUUAUCGAUCAAGUCAACGCAAAUCGAUCAGGCUAUCGACUUGCUGGAGCAGAACGACCUGAUCGAUGUGCUCAUGAAAUACAUAUAUCGGGGCUUCGAAACACCCUCCGAGGGCUCCAGUGGGCAUCUGCUGCAGUGGCACGAGAAGGCAUUCGCCAAGGGCGGCGUUGGCUGCAUCGUACGUGUGCUCUCCGACACGAACCGUGCCUAAAGUGCGACUAUUACAGAAACAAGCAACCAGAUAAAUCAAUCACAUGUGUUGUUGUUUUUGCCACCACUAUAAAAACCCGUUAAAUAUCCGAGCUAGGGCCCUAGUCCGAGUGCCAGUUGGAUUAUGCCGCAAUAAAAAAUAACAGUUUUCCAAAUUAGAUUUAAACUCGUAUUCAAGUAUUCAAGUUUUUAUUACAAAAACUGCCUAGUAUAUUCGCUACUUUAUAAGCGAGAAAAUGAAGGAUUUAAA